CUGAAUCUGAAAUUCAUGGCCUCUGCAUUUCGUUUACGCCUCAACAAUUUGCUCCACCAUCGUUAUUUCUCAUCGAUCCUUAGCCCGGACUCAACUCCUCUCACCAGCAAACAAAAAACUCGAGCAGCUUUAGGGCUCCUGAAAUCUGAGAAAAAUCCUGAACGUAUACUCGACAUAUGCCGUGCUGCUUCUCUCACCCCUGAAGUCCACCUUGAUCGUGUUGCUUUCUCCCUUGCGGUUUCCAAACUCUCCGAAUCUAAAUCCUUUGAGUUUAUCCGCUCCUAUCUUGAUGAACUAAAAUCCCGCCCUGACCUCCAAAACGAGCGUUUCAUGGCCCAUGCCAUUGUCCUCUACGGCCAAUCUGGGAUGCUUGAUCAUGCUAUUCGUACCUUCAAGGAAAUGGACGAACUGGGUUUCCCUCGCUCAGCCAAAACCCUCAAUGCCCUCUUGUUUGCUUGCAUUCUCGCAAAAAAGUAUGAAGAGGUAAGUCGAAUUUUCAUGGAAUUCCCCAAAACUUAUGGAAUUAAGCCAAAUUUAUAUACAUAUAAUACCGUUAUUAAAGCUUUCUGUGAGUCGGGUUCAUCUAGUUCGGCUUACUCGAUUUUAGCUGAGAUGGAUCGGAAAGGUUGUAAGCCGAAUACUAUUACUUUUGGGAUUUUGCUUGCGGGGUUUUAUAAAGAGGAGAAGUUUGAAGACGUUGGGAAAGUGUUGGAAUUGAUGAAGAAACACGAUAUUCGUCCUAGUGUUAGUACUAAUAAUGUUAGGAUUGAAAGUCUCUGCAAAUUGAAGAAAUCUGCUGAGGCUAAGGCGUUGUUUGAAGGUAUGUUAUCAAGGGGCAUGAAGCCUAAUUCUGUUACUUAUUGCCAUCUCAUUCAUGGGUUUUGUAAGGAGGGGGAUUUAGAGGAAGCGAAGAGUCUAUUUAAUGAUAUGCCGAGGACGGGGUGUGUCCCAGAUAGUGAUUGUUACUUUACUUUGGUUCACUACCUCUGCCAAGGCAAGGACUUUGAUGCUGCAUUAAAGGUGUGUAAAGAAAGCAUGGAGAAGGAUUGGGUCCCAAACUUCACGACCAUGAAGACACUUGUGAAUGGGCUUGUGAGCAUUUCAAAGGUUGAAGAGGCACGGGAACUUGUUGGCCAAUUGAAGGAGAGAUUCGCUAAGACUGCUGACUUGUGGACGGAAGUUGAAGAAAGUUUGCCUUCGUUGGGAAGUUAACUUGGUAAGAGGUGAACAUUUGGCCAAGGUUGUAUAAAAAUGGCAGAUCUCGAGAAAAUAUUUCAUUGUAUUUUCACUUGUUUCUU